AUGACCAUCGCGGCCGUUGGGCAAAUCUGCUCCACCGGAUCAAUCACUGCCAAUCUGAACCAGUGCGUGAGAUUGGUUGCCAAGGCGGCAGUUGGUGGCGCAAAAGUCCUCUUCCUCCCGGAAGCCUCCGACUACAUCGCCCUCAACGCCCAGGCCUCGCUCGACCUCGCCGUCCCGCAGGCAUCCUCCCCGUUCGUCCAGGGCCUCCGCGCCGCCGCCAAGGCUCACUCCAUUGCCGUCCACGUCGGCAUCCACGACAUCCCAUCAACAACAAGAGACCACCACCACCACCAGCAGCAGCAGCAGCAGGACGCCAGCCCGCCCGCCCGCAAGAUCCUCAACCGCGCGCUGUACAUUGACGCCGACGGCACCGUCCAGGACGCGGCCACGUACGACAAGCUGCACGUCUUCGACUACGGCGCCCUCCGCGAGAGCGCCACCGUCCAGCCCGGCACGCGCCUCGUCCCGCCCUUUGACUCCCCCGUCGGCAGGAUAGGCAGCCUGAUCUGCUUCGACCUGCGCUUCCCGGAGACGGCUAUCGCGCUGGCCCAGCCCGGCCUCAGCAGCCCCUGGGCCAGCCGCGCGGCGCAAAUCAUCACGUACCCGAGCGCCUUCACGCUGCGCACGGGCGAGGCGCACUGGGAGACGCUGCUCCGGGCGCGGGCCAUUGAGACGCAGAGCUACGUCGUGGCCGCGGCGCAGGUCGGCCGGCACAACGAGAAGCGGGCGAGCUACGGCCGCAGCAUGGUGGUUGAUCCCUGGGGCAGGGUGCUGCUGUGCCUCCGGGGGGUGGCGGAUGCCGAGGGCAAUGCCGAGGACGGGGCCGUGGAGGAGAUUGGCUUCGUGGACAUUGAUCUCGACGAGGUGGAGAGGGUGCGGAGGGAGAUGCCGCUGCAGCGACGGACGUGA